CUUGGGACAGGACUGUGCGCAGGAUGCAGCAUGUUGUGGAAGGAACAAGGAGUGACUGUUCUGGCGGUUUCAGCAGUUUAUGAUGUCUUUGUCUUUCACAGGCUGAAAAUGAAACAGAUCCUACCUGCCAUUUACAAAGUAAGUGAUUGUUGGCUCUCGGGCAUUGGAUUACUGAGUAAUCUGCUUGCUUGGUUCUUUGCCACCAUUUAAAAAGCAAAUUUGUUCCUCUUCAAGCAGAAUUUAAAAUAAGUUCCUUUCUGAUCUUCAAGGAAGAACUUGUCUCUCUUUCUCAGCAUUAGUUUGUUAACUUUCUGGGGGACCUCCCUUUUGGGGGCCCGCUUAUACUGGAUGGGAAACAAACCACCAAGCUUUUCCAACUCUGACAACCCGGCUGCGGAUUCCGAUAGCCUGCUGGCUCGCACGCUCACCUUCUUCUAUUUGCCAACCAAGAACCUCUGGUUGUUGCUAUGCCCAGAUACUCUCAGCUUUGACUGGUCAAUGGAUGCUGUGCCUCUGCUCAAAACAAUUUGUGAUUGGAGAAACCUACACACUGUGGCCUUCUAUACUGGACUCCUCCUCCUCGCCUACUAUGGAUUGAAGAGCCCAAGCAUAGAGAGAGAAUGCAAUGGGAAAGCUGUAACCAAUGGCAAGCAGAAUGCAAACGGACAUAGCUGCCAUUCAGAUGUGGAGUACCGGAACUCAGAGAUUAAGCCCAGCUUUGCAUCCAAAGUAGAAAAUGGCAUUAAAAAUAAUGUAUCAGAGAGAACUCAGCUCCCUUCUACCGAGAACAUUGUUGUUCUGUCUUUAUCUUUGUUGAUAAUACCCUUUAUUCCUGCCACAAACUUGUUUUUCUAUGUCGGCUUUGUAAUUGCAGAGCGAGUAUUGUAUAUUCCUAGUAUGGGCUUCUGCCUCCUGAUUACAGUGGGUGCCAGAGCCCUUUAUGUCAAAGUCCAAAAGCGGUUUCUCAAGAGCUUGAUUUUCUAUGCUACAGCUACAUUAAUUGUUUUCUAUGGACUCAAGACCGCGAUCAGGAAUGGAGACUGGCAGAAUGAGGAGAUGCUGUAUAGGUCAGGGAUAAAAGUAAACCCAGCUAAAGCAUGGGGUAACCUUGGAAAUGUUCUGAAGAGUCAGAGCAAAAUUUCUGAAGCUGAAAGCGCCUAUAGAAAUGCUUUGUACUACCGCAGCAACAUGGCUGACAUGCUUUAUAAUUUAGGGUUACUUCUACAGGAGAACAGCAGAUUUGCAGAAGCCCUACAUUAUUAUAAAUUGGCCAUUGGGAGCAGGCCCACCCUGGCUUCUGCGUACUUAAACACGGGCAUUAUUCUAAUGAAUCAAGGAAAGACAGAAGAAGCCCGGCGGACGUUCCUAAAGUGUUCUGAUAUCCCAGAUGAAAACCUGAAAGACCCUCAUGCACACAAGAGCUCCGUUACCAGCUGUCUGUACAACCUGGGAAAGCUCUAUCACGAGCAAGGACGCUAUGAGGAAGCCCUGAGUGUAUACAAGGAAGCAAUUCAGAAAAUGCCAAGACAGUUUGCCCCACAAAGCUUGUACAAUAUGAUGGGUGAAGCAUACAUGCGAUUAAGCAAGCUCCCAGAAGCAGAGUAUUGGUAUAUGGAAUCACUGAAAUCCAAGACUGACCACAUCCCUGCCCAUCUCACCUAUGGGAAACUGCUAGCUCUGACAGGUCGGAAGAGUGAGGCUGAAAAGUUCUUCUUGAAGGCUAUUGAGCUGGAUCCCACCAAAGGAAACUGUUACAUGCAUUAUGGUCAAUUUCUUCUGGAAGAAGCUCGCCUCGUAGAAGCAGCAGAAAUGGCAAAAAAAGCAGCUGAGCUGGAUAGUACAGAGUUUGAUGUUGUCUUCAAUGCUGCCCACAUGCUCAGACAGGCAAGCCUGAAUGAAGCAGCAGAGAAGUAUUAUGAUCUGGCAGCCAGGCUGAGGCCUAAUUAUCCGGCUGCUCUGAUGAACCUGGGAGCCAUUCUGCACCUUAAUGGCAGACUCCAGAAGGCUGAGGCCAACUACUUACGGGCUCUGCAGCUCAAACCUGAUGAUGUCAUCACACAGUCCAAUCUCCGAAAAUUGUGGAACAUCAUGGAAAAACAAGGUUUAAAGACUUCCAAGACCUGACACAGGAGGACAGAAGCUCAUCCUCUUCCAUUUUUUAAAAGCUGGCUCCAUUAACAGACCAAACUUCUCAGAAGUGUUAUGCUAAGAUCUCGUUUUUUGCACUUCAAGACCCGAGUAGAGGUCAUUGUCACUUCUGGGAGAAUUCACUUUGCUAUUGGCACAGCCUUUAACACCAAAAAGGGGAACAUUGGAAGCCUCCUUGAGAAUGUAAUUGUUGCCCAUAGACUAUAAACCAGAGCACUUAACACAGGAUCUUUUGACAUUCUUAAAGGGGAGGGGGUACUUUGGUUAUAGUUUUUUUUUUUUCAUUUUUGAAAGCUAAUUUUGAAAUUAUAUGGUUCCUUAAACACUGUGAGAGGAAGUCAGAGUGUCUAUUCAGCCACAAUACACUAUUAAGAUUGUUAAUAGGGAGUGAUUAACAUAGUGUGAAUCACAGUGAGCCUCUGGUUGUCCUAAUGCUGCUGUCUUCCGUCUUUGGGACAGCCUGCUUAUUGGUUUCUGAAGCUUAGAAAACUUUUUGUUCUGUUUAAUAUUGUAUCAAGACCUGUCAGAAUCUGCAGUUGUUUCUCAACUAGUGCACAAGAUGACUUGGAUGUUGACUUUUUUGAACAUCAUUUGCUUUUCAUGUUCUGAAGGAUAUGGAAAAUAGAGGUAGUCUUUGGAGAGGGGCUAGAGAAGCCUUAUAUCUGUCAGGCAGGCAUUUUUGUUUCAAUGUUGUCAAUGUUUUCUUUAGAACUGUCCAGUAGAAUUCAUUGUAUUAAUUUCUUUUGAUAUUUCUUUUUAAAAUGGCUGUUCUUGGCUAACAUGCGUGGUUGCAUAAGGAUGAGAGAAAGGGAAGCUUAUAAGUGUUCUAGUUCCAAUAACUAAUAGAUAGCAGUUAGACAAAAGGGAAGGUAUGUGUGCUUCCCAGAUUGUGUUGUUAAAAGAUCAAGUCUACACAAAGGAGUGUAUGAUGGUGGUUUCCCAGUUUUUAAUUUUGUAUUUUGCAAAGAAUUAUAUGAAAUGAUAACCAAUUUCUAAUAGAUACCUAAACAGCAGUGCAGAUCAAUAUUCAAAGGAUUAUUUUUAUCUUAUUUGUUCUUCCUGAAAGGUAUCAAAAAUGAGUUGUUUUAAACUGCAAUAGAAUAUAGCAUUAACCUGUAUAUGGAUAGGUCUUCUGCCACGUGAUUUUUCUCAGUUGAAAAAUAUUUUUCACUAGCAAAUUGGGUAUUUUAUUUCAUUACCUGUUAUCAACCACUUCACUGAUCAUUUCACAAAUGAAAGACUAUAAAUGAAGCAGAGAAAAACAUUUAUUGAACAGUUUUUGACUUGCAAUCAAACUUUGCUACUAAAAAUUAAUUUCAUAAAACACCAGUCUGUUAUCAACUUUUUAUAGAGAAAUUAGCUAUACGAUACCCUACAUAUUUAUUUAUUUAUUAUUAUACAGUAGCAGAAUAACAAAAAAAAAAAAACUUGAUUCAUUAAGCCAGUUCUUUGCAACUGAAAAUUAGCUUUUUCUCCUUCCCUUUCACACUCCCUGUAUAUAAGAUCAAAUUUCCAUUAAAGGGAAGCUGGACAUGCAAAUACAUCAUAUUAUGUUUUCUCCUUAUUUUAUGUAUUUUGCUAUGUAUCUGAAUACAGUGGGAUAAAGAAUUUAAAGUAGUGUUGCUAUGGCACUAGUGUUUUUGUGAGAAGGGCAAAUGUAGUAAGAGAGAUUUUUUUAAUGGCAUUAAUAAGAAGGCCCUCCUGUAAUGUGUGUAUUAUUUUGUAAACAUUUCAUUGAAGGGCCAAAGUUAAGUUAUAACUAAAUCACUGUGUUUCCAGAAUGAUAUUUAACGUUUAACAACCACAAACCAAUGGUCAAACUGAAGUAGUGGGUUGAAGUGUAUGUUUCAUCUUAGUGCAUUGGCAAUUGCAAAAAAAAAAGAAAAAGGAAUUUAAUAUAAGGCUAUAAAGAUAAAUUCAAUGUCUAACAUUUUUAUUUAUUUAAGUAGUUAUUGACUUAUGACAACUUCCUAGUCUUAACAUUGUAUGUCUCUUUAUUGUUAUUGUUUUCUUCCUUUCCAACACUUGUUUCUUAAUAGGUUCACUGAAUGCAUAGUAGAGGCACUUCAUGUGACUCAGUUCCCAAGUAGCAUUAAUAAUUGGGCUGUGUCAUAAAAUGCAUGGAUUUUUAAUAACUACAUGUCCCUGACACUUUUACUACAGGGCUGUACUUAGUAACUGACCAACUCGGGCUUGGGGGGAGGUCUGGGGGGGGUGUCAGAACAUGAUCAAAAAUGUCUCCGCUCAGGGAUUUAUGGUGGAUUAUUGCAGACAGUGCUAAAAAUAUAGAGCACAAGACAAGUUUACUAAAUUAAAAUUUUAUUUUUUGAGAAGCUGUUAUUUGUAUAAAUUAUCAAGAUUUGUAGGCUUUCCUUUUGUAGAAAUAAUUGUUUUAUGUGCCAGAGAAUUUCAAUUUUGUUUUCAACAAUAAAGCAUUGAUAACAAA